AUGACUGAGCACGAAACGAGGGAUAAGGUCAAAAAAAUUAGAGAGAUCUAUCGUUAUGAUGAGAUGUCCAAUAAGGUGUUGAAAGUCGAUAAGCGCUUUAUGAAUAUCAGCCAAAAUCCCCAGAGGGACGCGGAAAUAUCACAGCCAAAGUCUAUGAGUGGCAGAAUUAGUGCUAAAGAUAUGGGGCAGAGCCUGCGCAGUAAUGUUAAUAAGGAAAUAAAAGAAAGUGAUGUCGCUGUGGAAAAAACUGAAAAGAGCACAUCUUUAAGAAAAAUCCAACAGCAUAGUACCAUUUUGAACUCCUCCUCCAAUUUCAGGUUACACUAUUAUCCAAAGAGUCCCUCAAAUGUUGAAGUUUACGAGCAGGUUUUGCUGUGGGUUACAGAAGUUUUAGGUAAUGAUAUACCCCAUGACCUUAUUAUUGGAACUGCAGACAUACUUAUCAAACAAUUGAAAGAAAAUGAAGAAAAUGGAGACGGUAAUAUUGAAAAGCGAAAGGAAAAGAUCCAGGAUGAGUUGGGCAUCAAUAUAAAUACCCCAAAGUUUACCGAGUUAGUCAAACUUAUGAAAAACCUUACCGAUUAUGAAAUUCAUCCUGACAAAACCGAUAAGCAAGCAGUGGCGAUUCUUGCCGAUGAUGAAAAAUCAGAUGAGGAAGAAGUGGCAGAACUGUCUAAUAACACCAAUGUUCUUGAGAGAGAAAUCAACGAUGAUGAUGAGGAGGAGGAGGAGGAAUAUGAUCAUAAUGGCGUUGAAGUCAACCUCAAAACAACGAAUAACAGGGCAUUGCCAAAUAUUGAAAACGAUAUAAUCAAGCUUUCUGAUGAUAAAAGAAGUAAUAUUGAGAGCAUUCCGAUAUAUUCAAUUGAUGAAUUCUUUUUGCAGAGAAAACUUCGGUCGGAGCUUGAUUAUAAGGAUACUUCUGCAAUACAAGACCUUUCAGAGAAGAUUUUGCAUGAGAUUAAAAGUUAUGAGCGUAAUCCAGUAGCGUUGGAGCAGAAGUUGGUUUAUCUGCUUGACUUCGAGAAUAUACCACUGGCUGAAUUUAUUCUUAAGAAUAGAUCUGCAAUCUUUUGGGGCAUACGGCUAGCAAAGAGCACAGAGAAUGAAAUACCGAACGUAAUAGAGGAAAUGGUUGUAAAUGGCUUGGACGAUCUUGUUGAACAGUACAAAUUUAGAAACACUGCUUUCGCAAAGCGUGAACUUGAUUCUGGUGACGAUCAGCCACAGUCUUCGGAAGCAAAAAGGACAAAAUUCAGUAAUCCAGCAAUACCGCCCGUUGUAGAUUUGGAAAAGAUUAGGUUUGAUGAAAGUUCUAAAUUAAUGACCGUUACAAAAGUAUCCCUGCCGGAAGGAUCGUUCAAAAGAGUGAAACCACAGUAUGACGAAAUACAUAUUCCAGCCCCGAAGAAGCCUGUUAUUGAUUAUGAGUUGAAAGAAAUUGCUUCUUUGCCAGCUUGGUGUCAGGAGGCGUUUCCUUCAUCGGAAACAAUGUCAUUCAAUCCUAUACAAUCAAAGGUCUUUAACGCAGCAUUCGAAGGUGAUUCAAACAUGUUAAUAUGUGCGCCUACUGGUUCAGGUAAGACUAAUAUUGCUUUAUUAACUAUAUUGAAAGCUUUGUCCCAUUAUUAUAACCCGACAACGAAAAGCUUGAACCUUUCUGCGUUUAAAAUUGUUUAUAUAGCACCUUUGAAAGCAUUAGUGCAGGAACAAGUGCGAGAAUUUCAAAGGAGAUUGGCCUUUUUAGGAAUAAAAGUUGCUGAAUUGACUGGUGAUUCUAGGCUUAGCAGAAAACAAAUUGAAGAGACGCAAAUUUUAGUUUCUACGCCAGAGAAGUGGGACAUAACUACUAGAAAUUCAAAUAAUCUGGCUAUCGUAGAACUAGUUCAUUUGUUGAUUAUAGAUGAAAUACACUUGUUGCAUGAUGAAAGAGGACCAGUGUUGGAGAGUAUUGUCGCUAGAACAUUUUGGGCUUCCAAAUAUGGCCAGGAGUGCCCGAGAAUUAUAGGUCUUUCUGCAACUUUACCAAAUUAUGAGGAUGUCGGGAGGUUUUUAAGGGUUCCUAAGGAAGGAUUAUUUUAUUUUGAUUCCUCAUUUAGACCAUGUCCACUAUCUCAACAGUUUUGUGGAAUCAAGGAACGAAACUCCUUGAAAAAGCUGAAAGCUAUGAACGAUGUUUGUUAUGAGAAGGUUUUAGAAUCCAUCAAUGAAGGCAAUCAAAUAAUCGUGUUUGUUCACUCACGAAAAGAAACAUCACGAACAGCGACAUGGUUAAAGAAGAAGUUUAUGGAAGAGAACAUUGCUCAUAAACUAACCAAAAAUGAUUCAGGAUCGAAGCAGAUUUUAAAGACAGAAGCUGCGAACGUGAUUGAUCCAAGUCUAAGAAAAUUAAUUGAAAGUGGUAUAGGGACGCAUCACGCCGGGCUGGCUAGGAAUGACAGAUCUCUAUCUGAAGAUCUGUUUGCUGACGGAUUAUUGCAAGUAUUGGUGUGCACUGCGACGUUGGCAUGGGGUGUUAAUCUCCCUGCUCAUACAGUUAUUAUAAAAGGAACAGAUGUUUAUUCACCUGAAAAGGGGUCCUGGGAACAACUUUCUCCACAGGACGUACUUCAAAUGUUAGGUAGAGCAGGUAGACCGAGGUAUGACACAUUUGGGGAAGGUAUUAUAAUAACAGAUCAAUCAAACAUUCAAUAUUAUCUCUCGGUUUUAAAUCAGCAAUUGCCCAUAGAAUCACAAUUCGUUUCAAAAUUGGUUGACAAUUUAAAUGCUGAAGUUGUCGCUGGUAAUAUUAAAUGCAGAAGUGAUGCUGUAAAUUGGUUGUCGUAUACUUACUUAUAUGUCAGAAUGUUAGCUUCCCCUACGCUUUAUAAAAUACCUGAUAUUUCAGAAGAUAGGCAAUUGAAAAAGUUUAGAGAAAGUUUGAUUCAUUCAGCCCUAGGCAUUUUGAAAGAACAAGAGUUGGUGUUAUACGAUGCUGAAAACGAUGUGGUUGAGGCAACAGAUCUAGGAAAUAUAGCGUCGUCAUUUUACAUAAACCAUGCAUCUAUGAAUGUUUACAAUAGAGAGUUAGAUGAACACACAACACAGAUUGAUCUUUUUAGAAUAUUUGCAAUGUCAGAAGAGUUUAAGUACAUAUCGGUAAGAUACGAAGAGAAGAGAGAACUGAAACAACUUCUAGAAAAAGCUCCUAUUCCUAUUAGAGAAGACAUUGAUGAUCCAUUAGCAAAAGUGAACGUUCUACUGCAAUCUUAUUUUUCCCAGCUAAAGUUCGAGGGUUUUGCACUAAAUGCUGAUAUGGUUUUUAUUCACCAAAAUGCGGGUAGGCUAUUACGUGCUAUGUUUGAAAUAUGCUUGAAGAGAGGGUGGGGACAUCCUACGCGGAUGUUGCUAAAUUUUUGUAAGUCUGCCACAACGAGAAUGUGGCCAACAAACUCUCCUUUAAGACAGUUCAAAAAAUGUCCUGUUGAGGUCAUUAAAAGGCUGGAAGCUUCCACAGUACCAUGGGGAGAUUAUCUACAACUAGAAACACCUGCCGAAGUUGGCCGUGCAAUCAGAUCUGAAAAAUAUGGGAAGCAGGUUUACGAUUUAUUGAGAAGGUUUCCUAAAAUAUCCGUAACAUGUAAUGCUCAGCCUAUUACUCGUAGCGUUAUAAGGUUCAACGUUGAAAUAAUAGCCGACUGGAUGUGGGAUAUGAAAAUACAUGGUUCCCUUCAACCUUUUUUGCUCAUGCUAGAAGAUACUGAUGGCGAUUCGAUACUUUUUUAUGACCUACUAUUUAUCACUCCAGAUAUGAUGGGGCGGGAAUUUACCUUUUCCUUUACUCACGAGUUAAAGCAGCACAAUCAAAAUAACUUACCACCUAAUUUCUUCCUUACUGUGAUAUCUGAAAACUGGUGGCAUAGUGAAUCCGAGAUUCCAGUUUCCUUCAGUGGUUUUAAGCUUCCGAAUAAAUUUCCUCCUCCCACUCCCCUUCUGGAGAAUAUUAAUAUUUCAACAUCAGAGCUUGGCAACGAUGAUUUUUCCGAAGUAUUUGGAUUCAAAACUUUCAACAAGAUCCAGAGCCAGGUUUUCGAAUCUCUCUACAAUUCGAAUGACUCGGUGUUUGUAGGUUCAGCAAAGGGCUCGGGUAAAACGGCCAUAGCUGAAUUAGCGUUGCUAAAUCACUGGAGACAGAAUAAAGGAAGAGCGGUUUAUAUCAAUUCGUCUGAAAAAAAAAUUGAUGCUGUGCUAUCCGAGUGGAAUAAAAGGUUAUCUCAUCUUGCUGGUGGAAAGACCAUUAAUAAGCUGGGAAAUGAUCCUUCACUAAAUUUAAGACUAUUAGCAAAAAGUCAUGUUCUCUUGGCUACCCCUGUGCAAUUUGAGCUUUUGUCACGUCGCUGGAGGCAAAGAAAAAACAUCCAAAGUUUAGAAUUGGUGAUAUAUGAUGACGCUCAUGAGAUUAGUCAAGGUGUUUAUGGUGCAGUCUAUGAAACGCUAAUUUCCAGAAUGAUAUUUAUAGCUACCCAACUUGAAAAGAAAAUUCGAUUUGUUUGCCUGUCGAAUUGUUUGGCAAAUGCUCGUGAUUUUGGUGAAUGGGCUGGUAUGACAAAGUCAAACAUAUAUAACUUUUCUCCAAGCGAAAGAGUUGAACCUCUCGAAAUAAACAUUCAGUCAUUUAAAGAUGUUGAACACAUAUCGUUCAAUUCUUCGAUGCUUCAAAUGGCAUUUGAAGCAUCUGCUGCUGCUGCGGCAAAUCGAAAUUCUAGCUCGGUGUUCCUAUCAUCCAGAAAAGAUUGUGUUGAAGUUGCGUCUGCAUUUAUGAGGUUUUCAAAAGCAAUACAAUGGGAUAUGUUGAAUGCCGAAGAAGAGCAAGUCGUAGCGUACGUUGAAAAAUUGACAGAUAGCCAUUUAAGGGCGCCUUUAAAACAUGGUGUGGGUAUUCUGUAUAAGGGGAUGGCACCAAAUGACGAAAGAAUCGUAAAAAAGUUAUUCGAAUACGGUGCAGUAUCAGUUUUACUCAUUUCUAAGGAUUGCUCCGCUUUCGCUUGUAAAACUGAUGAAGUGAUUAUACUAGGGACCAACUUUUACGAUGGUGCAGAGCAUAAAUAUAUGUCAUAUACCAUAAAUGAACUUUUAGAAAUGGUGGGACUAGCUAAUGGUAACGAUUCAAUGGCUGGUAAGGUUUUAAUUUUGACGAGUCACAACAUGAAGACCUACUACAAGAAGUUUUUAAUUGAGCCCCUGCCUACUGAGAGUUUUUUACAGUAUAUCAUUCAUGAUACUUUGAACAACGAGAUUGCAAAUUCUAUUAUACACAGCAAACAAGAUUGUGUUGACUGGUUUACUUAUUCGUAUUUCUAUCGCCGUAUCCAUGUGAAUCCAAGCUAUUAUGGUGUAAGGGAUACAUCCCCAUAUGGCAUUUCAGUUUUUUUAACCAAUCUAGUUGAAACCAGUUUGAACGACUUGGUUGAAUCAUCUUUUAUUGAGAUUGAUGAUACAGAAACUGAAACAAAAGCAGAAGUUAAAGGAGGAGAUGAUGAAGCAACUGAAAUGAUCUCUGCCUUGAAUAACGGGUUGAUUGCUUCUCAUUAUGGUGUAUCCUUUUUCACUAUUCAGUCAUUCGUUUCCUCUUUAUCGAAUACGUCAACACUUAAAGAUAUGUUGUAUGUUCUUUCCACAGCGGUUGAAUUCGAAAGUAUCCCACUUAGAAAGGGCGACAGAGCAUUACUUGUCAGAUUAAGUAAAAAACUACCAUUAAAAUUUCCUGGCGACGCUUCUUCUGAUUCUGUGAGCUUGAAAGUUUUCCUGUUGUUACAAGCGUAUUUUUCACGUGUUGAAUUACCUGUAGACUUUCAAAAUGAUUUAAGAGACAUUUUAGAAAAGGUCGUUUCAUUAAUUAACGUUGUGGUUGAUAUUCUUUCAGCAAACGGAUAUUUGAAUGCCACUACCGCCAUGGACUUGGCGCAGAUGUUGAUUCAAGGUGUAUGGGAUGUUGAUAACCCGCUGAGGCAGAUCCCGCACUUCAACAAUAAGAUUCUGGAAAAAUGUAAAGAAAUUAACGUUGAGACGGUUUAUGAUAUAAUGGCUCUUGAGGACGAUGAGAGGGAUGAAAUUCUAACGCUCACUGGUUCACAGCUUGCUCAGGUCGCCGCGUUUGUCAACAAUUACCCCAACGUUGAACUUACUUAUUCGUUGAAUAAUUCUGAUUCCUUAACUUCAGGUGCAAAACAAAAAAUUACCAUUCAAUUAACAAGAGAUGUUGAACCUGAAAGUUUGCAAGUAACUUCCGAAAAGUAUCCAUUUGAUAAACUAGAAGGUUGGUGGUUAGUUUUAGGUGACGUCUCUGAAAAGGAACUUUAUGCUAUCAAGAAAGUUACUUUAAAUAAGGAGACUCAACACUAUGAAUUAGAAUUUGAUACUCCGACAUCUGGUAAACAUAACUUAACCAUUUGGUGCGUCUGUGAUUCAUAUCUUGACGCAGAUAAAGAAUUGUCAUUUGAGAUAAAUGUGAAGUAA